AUGAACAGCAGAGCCCCAAGGACGCUGGCCGUGGGGAGAGUGAAAUACUUCCGCCGGCAUCGCGGGGAGAUGCUGCUCACAGCCUCCGAGGACGGCUGUGUGUAUGGCUGGAAAACCCAGAGUGGGCAUCUGCUGUGGAGGCUGAGUGGCCACACAGGCCCUGUUAAGUUCUGCCGCUUCUCCCCCGACGGCCGCCUCUUUGCCAGCACCUCCUGUGACUGCACCAUCCGCCUGUGGGAUGUAGCAGAAGCCAAGUGCCUGCAGAUAUUAAAGGGUCACCAGCGGAGUGUGGAAACAGUCAGCUUCAGCCCUGACUCCAAGCAGCUGGCAUCGGGUGGCUGGGACAAGCGGGUGAUGCUCUGGGAGGUGCAGUCUGGCCAGAUGCUGCGCCACUUAGCAGGGCACCAAGGCUCCGUCCAGAGCAGUGACUUCGCGCCCAACUCGGACUGCCUGGCCACUGGCUCCUGGGAUUCUACCAUUCGUAUCUGGGACCUUCGAGCAGGGACCCCGGCGAUCUUCCAUCAGGAGCUGGAGGGUCACAGAGGCAACAUCAGCUGCCUGUGCUACUCAGCAGCCGGCCUCCUGGCAUCUGGUUCCUGGGACAAGACCAUCCACAUCUGGAAACCCUCAACCAAAAGCCUGCUUGUCCAGCUCAAGGGCCACGCCACCUGGGUGAAGAGCAUAGCUUUCUCCCCGGAUGGGUUGCAACUGGCCAGCGCUGGCUACUCACGAAUGGUCAAAGUCUGGGACUGCAACACAGGAAAGUGCAUCAAGACCCUGAAGGGAGCCCUGGAUGUGGCCCACACUUGCAUCUUCACCCCAGAUGGGAAACUCUUAUUAGUGUCUGGAGCUGCCGAUUAG